GAAGAAGUAAAACCCAGGCAGGACCCACCAUUCCAGAAUUCAUGUGUUUCAUAUUCUUAAACUAUGAUUAUCUUGAAUAACAAGGCAUCGAUAUCACCUCACUUGGCGGACCCUGCAAUCCACGCUCUGCUACUGUGGACAUAUAUUUCUAGAACACACAGUCUCUCUCUAUAAUUUCAUAUGCUAUGCAUACAUGCCCUUAUCCAUCGGCUUGCGCUUAUAAAUACAGAUUGCAAAUCUUUCAUUUCAUAUUUCAUUCUCCAUUUCCCCUUGUGGUGUUGACUUGCUGUGCAUCAACGUGAUCCAUUUCAGUUUUCAUUGUCUGUGUGCGGGUCCCCACCAGACACACACCUUCUGUUAAGUUUCCCCCCCCCCCCUCUGAUAAAACUCUGCUCUGCCAACCAACAUUUCAGCACAUUUUUCUCGAGGUCUCCUUGUCCUGAAAUCUGCUUAUAUCCGGGGAACUGGAAAGCAAAAUCCUUCCCUUCUAGAAUGCUCAUUUGGUUUUGUUGGUUCGCUUGGUUUCUGGUUGGAAGUAUAAAUAUUGGGUGUUUCCGGGCUUGUUAAAAGCGUGAAAUUUUGAUUGCCAAAUGCCUUCCAGUACGCUAACGAUGGAGUCCCUGUCUUUGGCGUGUGGGGAAGGAGGGGCAAUGGCAGAAAUGAGGCCGAGGCCCUUGAAUCUGGAACGCAGAUCGAUGGAUGAGAAAUGCCUGAAUGACCUGGCCUCUACGGUUAAUCCCAGUAGCGGGUGCCAGAAGGUGGGAUUGCAGCCCAUAAAGAGUUCUGAGCGGCUUGAGGCAAUGGCAACGGCCACGGUGUCUCCCAGCCUGAGUUUCCGAUCUGGAAUGGGGACUCCUGGCUCGUCAUGCCAUACCCCUUUUGCACCACAUCCAAUGGUGGCUGAUGCGUGGGAGAAUCUCAGGAAAUCUCUUGUUUAUUUUCGUGGGAAGCCUGUGGGUACCAUAGCUGCACUGGAUUCUACAGAAGAUGCCUUGAACUAUAAUCAGGUAUUUGUUAGGGACUUUGUUCCGAGUGCUUUUGCAUUUCUGAUGAAUGGGGAGCCUGAGAUUGUCAAGAAUUUUUUGUUGAAGACCCUGCAUCUCCAAGCCUGGGAGAAGCGGAUUGACUGUUUUACUCUUGGUGAAGGUGUUAUGCCCGCUAGCUUUAAGGUCCUUCAUGAUCCAGAGCGGAAAUCAGACACCUUGAUUGCAGAUUUUGGGGAAAGUGCCAUUGGUAGGGUUGCCCCUAUUGAUUCAGGCUUUUGGUGGAUCAUUCUGCUCCGAGCCUACACCAAAUGUACUGGAAAUCAUAGCCUUGCAGACAUGCCUGAUGUACAACGUGGGAUGAGACUUAUCUUGACCUUAUGUCUUUCUGAAGGGUUUGACACCUUCCCAACACUUCUUUGUGCAGAUGGUUGCUGCAUGAUUGAUAGAAGAAUGGGUAUUUAUGGUUACCCAAUUGAGAUUCAAGCUCUUUUCUUUCUUGCGUUACGCUGUGCAAGAACUUUGCUCAAACAUGAACGUGGAGGCAAGGAAUUUAUUGAACGGAUAGAUUCCCGGCUUCAUGCCUUAAGCUACCAUAUGAGGACAUACUUCUGGCUUGAUCAUGAGCAACUUAACAAUAUUUAUCGGUACAAGACAGAAGAAUACUCCCAUACAGCUGUCAACAAAUUUAAUGUCAUUCCAGAUUCUAUCCCUGAUUGGGUUUUUGAUUUUAUGCCAAUGAGAGGAGGAUACUUUGUAGGAAAUGUCAGCCCUGCCCGAUUGGAUUUUAGGUGGUUUUGUCUAGGUAAUUGCAUUGCAAUUUUAAGCUCAUUGGCAACACCAGAACAGGCCUCUGCAAUUAUGGAUUUGUUUGAAGAAAGAUGGGAGGAUUUGAUUGGGGACAUGCCUCUCAAGAUUGCAUACCCUGCCCUAGAAAACCAUGAAUGGCGCAUUGUGACAGGUUGUGAUCCAAAAAAUACUAGAUGGAGCUAUCAUAAUGGUGGUUCUUGGCCAGUUUUGCUGUGGUUAUUGACAGCAGCAUGCAUUAAGACAGGGAGGCCACAGAUAGCUCGCAAAGCAAUUGAACUUACAGAACGAAGGUUGGCUAGGGAUGGUUGGCCAGAAUAUUAUGAUGGAAAAGCUGGUGGGUAUAUAGGGAAGCAAGCCCGAAAAUUCCAAACUUGGUCUGUAGCUGGUUAUCUUGUCUCGAAAAUGAUGUUAGAAGAUCCUUCACAUCUGGGAAUGAUUUCUUUAGAAGAAGAUAAAAAGAUUCUCAAGCCACGUCUCAAAAGAUCGGUUUCCUGGACAUGCUAAUUGAAAACAAUUAUGUUUGACAAAUUGUACCAUCAUUUUUCAUUCAAAAACUGUUCUUGAUACAUGAGAGUCCAGCACUUGUUCCGCUUCUCUCAUCUUGUACAUGUUAAAUUGUUUGUCCCCCUUUGAUUCCAAAAAUAAGAUGAUAAUGAAGCACUCCUUAACCCCAAAUGCUGUUCUCUUCGAAUUUCCUGCAAUCUAAAUGUUGUGGGCAUUCCAUGAAUCUUCGAGGGUUACUUGAAUUUCAGUUAUAAUAUUACUUCUAUAAAAGAUUUCUGAUGGAAGCUUGUUCAAAGAGAUCUGUACUGAGUUUUUUUUUAAUAAUUUCCAUGCCAGUUUCAAUAUACUUAUUCAUAUCUAUGCCUUUA